UAGCUGUAGCCCAAAUAAGGACAUCAGAACGACUGAAUGACAAACAUCGUCUCCCGCGUACAAAUGUUCUAAUAGUUCUGGUUUGGAGCAACGAAUGACUAUAUUAAAAGGAGAAGAAAGGGGGUUAACCGAGAGGUCCGAUUUUUAUUAGUCAUAUCAUAAGAAGCCAACAAAAACUGACACCUAGCUAAACAUAGGGGAAAUUACUUGUGCUUAAUAAAUGAAAUAAAAUAUUUAAAGGGGCACUUUCAAUUUUGCAGCUUCCUUGGUUUCUCGUUUCUGAUUACCUAAGCAAGGGGCGUCCGUUUCUUUUUAUUUAUUCCUGCGUAGAUUUCAUCUAACCCUGCAACUAACUGUGUUCGACCUCGUAGGUCAACGCGCAGCGGAACUUCACGUGAAUAUAGUGACCUAACACAACUUUCUUCUCCAUUCAUCACACGAUACGGGGAUGUUAAAAAAAUGAAAACAAUACAUAAAAAUAUGACUAGCGAUUGCUCCUGUGGGCGCGAGAGUGUUACGUUUGAAUAAAAGACAAAGAAGUUCAGCGCUCUGUUCGUUGCUGCACGAGACGCCAGCGCAUAUCGCAGAUCAUGUCUCCUUCGAUCACGUUUAACUCUUUUACGCCUUCGGGAACGAGUAGGCAGCGUCACCGAAGGCGUCAUCGGCGACCGAACCUCGUCCAGCGUCCUGGACCCCUUCCCGUUCUCUUUGGAGCUGACAGCGCCCGGGACCCGCCAUCUGGCAAACAGCAUUCAUCCCUGUCUCGACCUCACGAGGGCUGCAGCAGGUCUCGCCACGCCUUUCACCGCAAGUGCCAGCGUGACGUCAUCUCAGGUGGCCUUUUUCGGAUCAGCAGCAGCGCCAGCGCCUCGCAUUCCGCUACGCGUUACCGGAGGCAGGAGCGAUGCGAGCCUUGCCUGGGUCCUUCGUCUUGGCACCUCCAAGGUCCCACCGUUCUCCGGGCUCCGGCACAAACGGCUGCGCCACUGCGAAAGCUUGCGUCGUUGGAAGUGCACCGAGCUGUCGACGACCUGGGUUGUCGGCGACGCUGCGGUGGCAGCUCGACGCGGGUGAAUCGCACGUAGCAGCACAGCGACAGCCGCCACGACCGUCGUCUAGCGCUUCGGCUUCGGCAGCUGCGGCAUCACCGGCGGCUCAGUUGUGCCGACGUGAUGUCAUGAACUACUGUGCCAAUUAGGAGCGCGCACUGCCGUGACGCGCACUUGUUGCUGAAUAAUUUCGUUUUUCACGUGCCCUCAUUUCCCGCAGCUCAAGUUCGCGGACUGCUUUAACUUUUUGUGUUAUAUAUUUAAUUAAAUAGCGAUUUGAUUGUU